AUGACCAACACACCGCUGGCUGGGUCAGCGACUAACAUUUCAGGGUACGCGCGAGCACAGUUAGGAGACCGAUACACCACCAUCCAAAACGCAAACUUCUUCACAUGUGUUCAUGAUCAAUUUGCAGUGUUGCAUCGACAUGAAGAACAAACAUUGGAUCACUUAGCAGCUGAUGUCCGAGAAGAACUUCGAGGCCUCCGAUGUCGUGUUCACGUUGAGCAGCACCCUAGAGAGUCUAACAACUUGAACACAGCGCAUGCAGCUUCUACUCUGGUACAUCCUGUGACUCCCAUCGCUAUGCUUGAGCAGACGGACUACCUUGCAAAAAGGGCUUUUCUGGAAGGUGCUGACGAAGCCUUAUGUGAGCAGUUUACGCAAUGGUGGGCAUACGACAACGUCACAUUCAUGUGUGCGGCAACGUCGUGGGAUGACGACGAUGAGAAAUCCGUUCUGGCAUGCGCUGACUUCUACUACCAUGCUUUGGGCCCCAAGCUCAUCUAUAUUUCGAACGCUUCGUCUCGAAUCGACGGUGAAAACAUCGUUGCGAACAUGAUGGAUUCCUUGAUUCAGCAGCAAACACAUUACCUACAGUCCAUCAACUUGGAGAAGACAAGUCCUCGGAACAUGCCGCCAGCGAACGAUACAGAUCUGACAUCCAAGCUGGAAACCUUCAAGAAGAGAGCAAUGCUUGGUUUGAGUAGUGGAAAAGAUAUCCUUCUUAUAGUAGAAGGCGUCGCAACGGUCGCCACAUCCAAUCUCGAGACAGCUCGUCUAUGUGAACUUUUCAUCCAGAGCCUUAGAGCCAUCAAUGCCGAAACUAGUGGAAGUAGAAUUCGAUGCUUGUUCGUUGGACCCGCUUGUGGCAAGCUCUUCAGCGAUCACGACAAAGACGUACGCUUCUGUGAGGAAGGCGAGCAAUGA